CUAAAGUUUGGGUAUUUUUGUUCAGGCGGACAGGUCCUGCAGGAUCACUGAAUUCUUCGGUACGUAUUUUUCUGUUACACCUCAGCGCUCUCACGCUCGACCUGCGCGUGCCCGCCGUCGCGGUGCCCUGUCCCUUUAAGAGCCUCGUGUUGUUACAGGAAGUGUGAGGGGUGUUUCCAGCUGAUCUGAACAACAGGAGGACCGGAGUCUCCCUCAGCAGUCCGACCUGUCUGUGCUUUUUUCGGGCACCUUAGCAAAGCUCGCCGGUCCCGACCUCCGGCGGCUCCUUUGCGCCGCGAAGAGACAGUCGUUCCGGGGUAAAUCAGGAGGAGAGCCGGGGGCUUAUUCUCGUCCGAUAGCCGUGAGCCGGUGCCGUCGGAAGCUGUUAGCUCGGACUGUCAUGAUCCCAGCUCGGAGAUGGCGUCCUUCCCCGGUUUGUGUAAGGCUGUCGGGCCCGCGGAGGAGGAGAACGGGGAGCUGGACGGAUCCCUGCAGCAGAUGCUGAAGGCCAUCGCGGACGAGAGGAGCCGCCUGAACAGCCGACAGGAGAUCAGCGGCAUCGGCUGUUUUAAAGAUGACCGCAUCGUUUUCUGGACCUGGAUGUUUUCCACGUACUUUAUGGAGAAGUGGGCGCCGCGACAGGACGACAUGCUGUUCUACGUCCGCCGGAAGCUCUCCUACGUCAGCGCCGACAACAGCGAGGGCAAGAAGGUGGAGGUGGAGGUCUACAGGAGAGACUCCAAGAAGCUUCCGGGUCUUGGUGACCCCGACAUCGACUGGGAGGAGAGCGUCUACCUGAACCUCAUCCUUCAGAAGCUGGACUAUGUGGUGACGUGCGCCGUCUGCACGCGCUCAGACGCAGGAGAUAUCCACAUCCACAAGAAGAAAUGUCAGGAAGUGUUCGCAUCUCCGAGUAAACAUGCCAUGGACAGCAAAGGGGAGGAGUCCAAGAUGAGCUACCCCAACAUCUUCUUCAUGAUCGACAACUUUGAGGAGGUGUUCAGUGACAUGACGGUGGGUGAGGGCGAGAUGGUGUGCGUGGAGCUGGUGGCGAGCGACAAGAGCAACACCUUCCAGGGCGUCAUCUUCCAGGGCUCGAUCCGCUACGAGGCGCUCAAGAAGGUCUACGACAACCGGGUGAGCGUUGCUGCUAAGAUGGCCCAGCGGAUGUCUUUCGGCUUCUACAAGUACAACAACAUGGAGUUUGUGAGGAUGAAGGGGCCGCAGGGCAAAGGUCACGCCGAGAUGGCCGUCAGCAGGGUGCCGACUGGCAACACCUCCCCCUGCGGCACCGAGGAGGACCAGGUGUCACCCAUGCACGAGAGGGUGACAUCGUUCAGCACGCCUCCGACCCCGGAGAAGAACCGCCCCUCCUUCUUCUCGCCGUCUCUGAGGCGCAAGAUGCCUCGAAACCGGAUCGCUGAGAUGAAGAAGUCUCACUCUGCCAACGACAGCGAGGAGUUCUUCAGGGAGGAGGAAGAUGAAGAUCUUCACACCACCACAAACCUCCGCUCGCGCUCGCUGUCGGGCACCGGGCGCUCAUUGGUCGGCUCGUGGCUCAAACUGAACCGGGCAGAGGAUUAUUUCCUGCUGUACUCACACCUGACCUACGUCACCCUGCCACUGCACCGCAUCACCACAGACAUCCUGGAGGUGAGGCAGAAGCCGAUCCUGAUGACAUAGCAUAGCUGGACUCAAAGCAUCACUACGAAGUGCCUCCUGCAUCAGGCCACCGAGACAACAGCAGCGCCCCCGGUGUUCUGACCGAGACCCGCAACCAAACAGCCGCUUCAACCGGAGACGCAGAAACGGCGUCAGAGGGACGACGAACAAACCAGCCAUCCGAGAAGUGCCUCCGACUCUUUCGGUUCCUGCGGCCAUCUCCACGGAAAUGGGCCCGGAGUCAGGAUCACAUGACCUCUGCGUGAACUGACCGGAAAUGAGAGCGAAGAAUGUUUUUGUCUGUAAAUACCUGCUGCUUUUCUCACAGACGCCUUGACUAAAGGUCGAGCUUUUAGA